CGUGGACGCCCGCGGCGCCGGCUGGGGCAUCACCGCGGGCCUCGACCCCGAAAUGGCGCUGCUGGCCGAGCACCUGCUGAAGCCGCUGCCCGCGGACAAGCAGAUCGAGACCGGGCCCUUCCUCGAGGCGGUGUCCCACCUGCCGCCCUUCUUCGAUUGCCUUGGGUCCCCAGUGUUUACUCCCAUCAAGGCGGACAUAAGUGGCAACAUCACGAAAAUCAAAGCUGUGUAUGACACCAACCCGGCCAAGUUCCGGACCCUGCAGAAUAUCCUGGAGGUGGAGAAAGAAAUGUACGGAGCAGAGUGGCCCAAAGUGGGGGCCACGCUGGCGCUGUUGUGGCUGAAAAGAGGCCUCCGUUUCAUCCAGGUCUUCCUGCAGAGCAUCUGUGACGGGGAGCGGGACGAGAACCACCCCAACCUCAUUCGAGUCAACGCCACCAAGGCCUACGAGAUGGCCCUCAAGAAGUACCAUGGCUGGAUCGUGCAGAAGAUCUUCCAGGCAGCGCUGUAUGCGGCACCCUAUAAGUCUGACUUCCUGAAAGCGCUCUCCAAGGGGCAGAACGUGACGGAGGAGGAAUGCCUGGAGAAAGUCCGCCUCUUCCUGAUCAACUACACAGCCACCAUUGAUGUCAUCUAUGAGAUGUACACUAAGAUGAAUGCUGAGCUCAACUACAAGGUGUAGGCAUGCCCAGUAGCAGGCUCGCCCCCGGCACAUGCCACUCGCAGAAACAGGCAAACCCGAAUCACUGUGAAUCAAGCCGGCCCGCUGCCCCUGGCCUACAUCCCCCAGAGCGGCCCAGAGUCCAGCCAGGGUCUUCAGGGAAUGGCCCUGGUUUCAUGAAAGUUUUUUUUUUUUUUUUUUUUUUUGUCUAUUCUAAUGGAGCAAUAAGUAACAAUCCUACUUCCAAAUCUCCUUUGGAUUUCACAAUAGCACAGACUGACUUUACACCUUCAUUUCAGUGUGGUAAAAAUCUAUUAAUGUUUCUAAUGAAUCAAGUCCUAGGGUUUUUUGUUUUUGUUUUUUCCCUCCUGUGUAGCACAGCUUUAGGGCAAUGGUGUCAUACACCUCAUUGUAAAAAUAAGCACAUGUCCUUAUAAAGAUCUCACUGAAUGCUGUUUUAGGUAUGUUAAAGACUAUGAAGUGUUUGAUUUGAAAUUAUGCAGGGCCCCUAUUGUGGGAUUUUUUUUAAAAAGCAAACUUGUGUGCAUUAUGUGGUUUGCAGAGCCUAACCUCACAGCACUGUCAUUAUAAAUCCUACUCUUUUUGACUGUCUUGACUGACAGUUUUUUUUAUAGCUGAAACCAACCAGCAAGGCUUUGAUGACCAAGAGGCAUUUCUUUUAAAGCUAUUGGACACAAACAAUUGACUGUAGGUGACUGUACUGUAUUUGCAUUCUUCCACAUAAUUGUUUUCUUCAGGGACAGCUUUUCCAACCUAAGGAACUAC